GAGACAAUGAGCUACGACUCGGUAAUUGGAGUGCUUACUCUAACCCUCUUAGCUGAAAUCUCAAGAAUUUAUAAGACUGCUUUGAGGCGAAGUCGGGAGAUGGCUUUUAAAAAUCUUGAUAAAAUUCUUCCUUUUUUCUGGAGAGGUCAGUAUGUAAGAAGCCUUCCCUGAUAAAAAAAAACAUAUGGGGGGACUUAUAUAUUUCGUGAUAACUCUUGACUUCAAAAAAAUAUUAUGAACACAAUAACGCUUUGUUAACUCCAAAUAUUUACGGUUGGUAUCUAUGGCACACAAUUGACCAAACAAAGGAAAAUAAUGGCGUGUCCACAUCAAAGCACCCGGUCGAAUAAAAAUACUACCAAGAAAAGUCUGCCUCGAGCGGAAUAUUUAUUUCACAUUUCUGAAAGUUCCAAGCUAAAUACCGAGUAUUAACGCCUCGCGAUUGAGUGGGAGUUUGCAAGGGACAAUAACUGGCAGAUGGCUAGACCACCAAGAGACGAAGAAGAAAGUGGAAAAAUAACUAACGAUUUCAUUAAUUAAGCCAGUCAAAGAGCGAGCAGAACGAGCCAGGACGCCGCGUAAAGUUUCAUGAAAAAUUGUCAAAUGUUCCCUCCGCCUUUAACACCAGAUUUAAACAGAAACACAAAACCGAAUCUAUUAAUUUCCUUUGACAGACUACAACAAAACAUCGACGGUAUUCUACAAAGAGAUGUUAUUGACUGUAAAGUGAGAAACUUAGUUGGAUUAUUAAGUAGUAAUUCAAGAUUAUAUGUUGAUAAAGCGGGGAAUAAUUUUAAAGGUAAACAGCGAAAUCUGGCGACGGACUUGAGAGUUAGAUAUAGCGAGAGUUUCAACCAUGGCGACUCUUGGUUCAAGAGAGAGUGUGAUAUGAAGGGAAAGGGGACAAAUAAACACUUGUCCCGUCUGUGCCUGGAUGCACAAAUAUCCGAGACAAGUAAAAUAAAAAGUGGGGAAAUUACACCAUUUCAAGAGAGUGGAAAAGACAGCGACGACAGUAAUGAAUCGAUUUGUUUGGAUAAAGACUUAAGUGAAAAAAGACACACGAGCACUAAAGGAAAGUUUGCGAAUAUGGAGAAGCGUUUGACUAAAAAGGCCAGAAGGAAUACCACAAAUGCAAAGCAAAGGAGGAUUUCUUGUGAUUAUGCGCAUGGGAUAAAACCGCUGCCUAGCAACGGCUGGUGGGCUAAUAAGGACGACGAUUCUGAAUCAGACAGCGAGACAAACACCGAAACUACAGCAAAUAGAGAGAUUUCAAACGAGGAUUUGAAAAUCAUAGCAAACAAAACGGACUAUCCGACCAAGCCCGAACACUAUCCGACAGAGACUAAAUAUUAUCCCACCGAGAUCAAGCAUUAUUCGACAGAGACUGAUAAUUACCCGAGCAAGUCCGAGCAAUAUACGACUGAGACCGAGCACUAUCGAUCGGCGUCCGAGCCUACCAGAUUUAUCGCCGACUCGGACGCGAACCUCGGUACUUCAUUCUUCUACUUAACAAACUCCGACUGUAAUACACAGUCGAACCAAGCUAAAACUACCAAAAACGAAAUUAAAGGGAAAAGCAAUAAUAAUCAUUCGGCUGUGUCGCUCGGGAGAAUAGAAAUUGAAGACUCAGAAAAUAGCAUGAUUGCUGAGCCAGCGGAAGUUGGUUUUGGUGGGCUCAUUACAAGGCCUCAGAUACCAAAAACACUCUCGUUAGAUUGUGGCAUUCUCCUCGAGUACAAAGACAGUGUCGGGAGUAGAUUUGGUUCCCUGGAGGAUACCAGGAUUGUUCCAGACUUCACGAGCCUUGCAGAACAAUACAAGGGCAAGCAUGCUCCGGUGAGUGAAGCGAAUCAGACUAAAUACGGGCGAACAAUCAGGGAUGGAGUAGCCAAACGCACGGAAAAUGCAAGAAAUGGUAGAAACAUGAACAGAAAGUUAGAGCAACCGACGAAAUUCAGGCUGAAGCACACACAUAGCAGAUGUUCACGUGUCAAAUAUGAAGAAGCCGCUGGCCAGGGGGAUGGCCGGCUCCUCCCGACAACCCUGACAAAGUCAAGCAAGAGCGCGUUCUCUUUAAUGUCUCCUUAUAUGGCAACCGUCGUCUGGUCUGUGAUGCAGGAUGAAAAUAUUGACGAGCUAGCCUGAUUGGUUAAUUCAUGACAUCAAAUUAUUGACGAGCUAGCUUUAUUGGUUAAUUUAUGACGGCACAUUAUUGACGAGCUAGCCUGAUUGGUUAAUUCAUGACAUCAAAUUAUUGACGAGCUAGCUUUAUUGGUUAAUUUAUGACGGCAUAUUAUUGACGAGCUAGCCUGAUUGGUUAAUUCAUGACGGCACAUUAUUGACUAACUAGCCUGAUUGGCUGGUAUAACUAGAAAGACUACAGGCAAGCUGUAGAAAAUCUAGAUGGUCUGCGUAGGCGUGGUGUAGACAAGGUAUGAAUCAACACAAGGUUGAAAAAGUAUGUUAAACGCCUCUGUGAAACAGCGCAACGACUGUUUCACAGAGGCGUUUAACAUACCUUUGCAACCUUGUGUUGAUUCAUACCUAGCCUGAUUGGUUAACUUUUGACGGCACAUUACUGACGAGCUAGCCUGAUUGGUUGGUUAGAUAGAUAGAUGGAUGGGUGGGUGGGUGGGUAGGUAGGUAGACUUUUAUUUGGGGUAACACUUAAUAUCUAAACAGACAAUUUACACGUGAUUGGUUGAUUCAUGACGGCACAUUAUUGACGAGCAAGCCUGAUUGGUAAAUUCAUGACGGCACAUUUUUGACGAGCAAGCCUGAUUGGUUAAUUCAUGACGGCACAUUUUUGACGAGCAAGCCUAAUUGGUUAAUUCAUAACGGCACAUUAUGAAAUCUAGUCCUUAGCGGAAAAAGUGCGUAGACACUGAUUAAUUCCGGAAACACGUGUUAUUCGUAUUGUCCCCUUUGUAGAACCCAUUGCUCUUUACUAUGUGAAGGAUGUGAUAUCUCGAAAUAGUUCUGUACGCCUGUCCCGUGGGCCUGAUCUGGUUCCCUGUGGUGGAUGAUCUGUGUGUCGUCACGGUCAACCCUCUUCCCUUUCAGCGAUCUGAGCUCGUCCCAGACUUUGCGCAGUUGAUCAACAACCACAGGUAACCUGAUCAAAACGUAGGGACCAGGCUUAGCUCGAAGAGCAUUAGAAUACACCAGGACGGCCAGAACUAGAGUUGACAUCAUCUCAGGUUAUCCUGAUCUAUACGGUAUUGCCAAAUAAAGCUAACUUACCUUG